UGAAUUAAAAAAAAUAUAUUAGAUUGAAAUAAUUAACAACGACAAUUGAGUCGAGGUGUCGGCUGAGGUGGACUACCGCUUCGAAAGGAGCAGUGGUACACGUUAAAUUGAAAAUAUGUACAUCAAAAUUUGUCGACCUUACGGAUAGCAAUGGGUGGCUGAAUAAAUUCAUCCCAUUAGCAUGUCACCCUUUGAUUUAUCCACGUUGUGACGUUUCAUCGUACUCGGGUGGUUGGAUAAUAUCAGGGCCACCGUGAUAAUUAAGAAGUUUAAUACGCCCAAUGUCCGACAAGUCACUCGAGCGUCGGAUUACUCGUGACCCAAACUUGAUCGGGGAAAUGUAUAAGUAAAUGAUUCUCAAAAACGUAAAAACAGGAAAUAAUAAAAUAUAAAAUAUAAUUUGAAAAAAUUAAAAGAAUGUCGAUGCACUACUACAGACCAGGCUAUCGUUAUCGCUCGGCAAGCGCCAGGACGAGUGCCAAUGGCGAGACACAGGGCUCGGACAGCGAUGUUGCUGAACUCAGUGACCUCGAGGACGAUGAGGAUGAGGAUGACGGGCGUGAUGCCAUGAAUGACUUGCCAUUCGACGGUAUUAACGAGAUGGAUGAGAAUAAUAGCGACGAGACAAAUGACCAGACGAAUGAUGAUGAUACUGACGACGAGGAUGACGAUGAUGAUGACGACGAGGACGACGAUGAUGAUGGUGAAGAUGCCGAAGAGUUGCCCUAUCCAGGCUUCGCCCCAGUGGCACUGCGCUAUCUCGAUCAGACCACACGACCGCGCAACUGGUGUCUUUGCCUCAUCACUAAUCCGUGGUUCGAAAGGAUAAGCAUGAUGGUCAUCCUACUCAACUGCAUCACCCUCGGAAUGUAUCAGCCCUGCGUAGACGACAAGUGCGUCACUAACCGCUGCAAGAUUUUACAGAUGUUCGACGACAUAAUCUUCAUGUUUUUCUCCCUCGAGAUGACGAUAAAAAUGGUGGCAAUGGGGGUUUACGGGAAGGGAACAUAUCUCGCUGAUUCGUGGAACAGAUUAGACUUCUUUAUAGUCGUUGCUGGAGCCUUGGAAUACUGUCUAAACGUAGAGAACAUGAACUUGUCAGCAAUAAGAACAAUAAGAGUCCUACGACCGCUGCGUGCAAUCAACAGGAUACCGAGUAUGAGGAUACUCGUGAUGCUGCUCCUUGAUACACUACCGAUGCUCGGCAACGUUCUCCUCCUCUGCUUCUUCGUUUUCUUUAUAUUCGGAAUCGUGGGUGUACAACUCUGGGAGGGAAUUUUACGACAACGAUGCUUUCUCAAGGCACUUCCAAACGUCAAAUAUCCAGAGUUACUCUCGGACGAGUACUCGAUUCGAUCACGCAUUUAUGACCUCGAGAAAUAUUUUGAGUACCAGGGCCAGGAUUACAUAUGCUCCAAGCCUGAUGAUAAUGGUAUGCACACGUGUGACAACCUACCGCCUCUGAAAUUUGGAGACAUAGUGUGCAAUAGCACAGCUGUACCGAAUAGCAAUGUUACAUUCAUCACAAAUACAACUUGUGUCAAUUGGAAUUACUAUUAUACCGAGUGCAAAGGUCAGGGUAAUAAUCCAUUUCAAGGUACAAUAUCGUUUGACAAUAUUGGUCUUGCCUGGGUUGCAAUAUUUCUCGUUAUAAGUCUCGAGGGCUGGACAGACAUAAUGUACUACGUACAGGACGCCCAUUCCUUCUGGGACUGGAUAUACUUUGUUCUAUUGAUCGUUAUUGGUUCGUUCUUCAUGAUAAACCUAUGCCUGGUUGUGAUAGCCACCCAAUUUUCUGAGACAAAGAAGCGCGAGAUGGAGAGAAUGAGAUUGGAACGAGCGAGAUUUCAUUCCACGAGUACACUGGCGUCCUCAACAAAUAACUCAGAACCAACAACGUGUUACGCUGAAAUUGUGAAGUACAUUGGACAUUUGUGGAGAAAGGGCAAACGUAGUCUGGCGAAGAAAUAUCGAUUGUGGAAAUAUAGGAGACAGCAGAAACAGGAGAAUCAUUUACUCAGGGAACAACAGGGUCAUCUUUGUCCGAACGUCGUUAAUCUCAGGACAAAUCGUUUAUCGAGCAGUGAUCGUCGCGUCCACCACGUGAGAUGUCCCCGUCACGUACUCUCAAUGGAGGUUGGUGAUCGUAUCAUCUCCAGUGAACUCUGCGAGAGUAUCCUGGCACGAGGAAGUUUAGCCCCACGUGCGAGCCCAGAAGUAUCGGAGACAGAUGUGUCCUAUCAUCAAUGUUGCAGCCAUCGUGCCAGUGUCCACCGUUCCCCAACUGCCUCCAACAAUGGCACCGGUGACAACAACAUCGUCACAUCACCCGAGUCCAACAACGCACUGCUGAGUCCACCCUGUACCCACUAUCGUCGUCGAAGCAGUGUCAUGUUUAAUGACGUAGUAAUGCUUCAUGGUGGUAGUGUAAACACAUUACCAGGAUCCAUAGGUCAGCCAGCCAAUGGUGAGCGUAACAUUUGCUCGAGUGAGAAGAUGACGCAGACGGGUGAUGGAAACGUUUGGUCCACAACCCCAGUUAAUCACAUCAGUCAAUUCCAGGCGGAGCUGGGAACGAGUGAAGCGAUGACAUGCCAGGAAUUGCUGGCACUCAGCGGUGCCCUAGGCGCAGCACUGCCAACCGGCCAAUUGGGACGUGAUACUUUUCUCAAUUCACUUGCCAAAGGGAUUACAGAGCGAAGUAAUUUCCGUGACGAUAGAGGCCAGAGUCUCGAUGAUCCGGAAAUUUGUCCAUGCUCGUGUGACACACCCGAGGCAUUACAGUACCCGGAGAAUGGAGAGACUGAGGAACAAGAGAUGUCAAAUGUGAAAAGAUUCUUCAUCACAAUUGGCAAUUGUUGUCUAUCUGGGCUCACCUGUGCGCGCAGUUGGAUACAAAAAUUAGUGGAGCACAAGUACUUUCAGCAGGGUAUCCUCCUGGCAAUUCUCAUCAACACCCUCAGCAUGGGAAUUGAAUAUCAUAAUCAGCCGGAGCAAUUGACACUGAUCGUGGAGAUAAGCAACACCGUAUUCUCCGCUGUAUUUGCUGUUGAAAUGUUGCUUAAAGUCAUAGCCGAGGGGCCCUUUGGAUACAUCUCGAAUGGCUUUAACGUCUUUGAUGGUAUCGUCGUUAUACUUAGUGUUGUCGAGCUUUGUCAGUCACUCACUGCUGAACGUGGUGGAAGUUCAGGCUUGAGUGUACUACGUACAUUUCGUCUUCUGAGAAUCCUCAAACUCGUACGGUUUAUGCCAAAUUUACGACGUCAAUUAUUCGUUAUGCUACGUACAAUGGACAAUGUUGCUGUCUUCUUCUCCCUCCUUGUUCUCUUCAUAUUUAUAUUCAGCAUACUAGGAAUGUACCUGUUCGGGGGUAAGUUUUGCAUGUGGGCGGACCGGAGUCGGCCAUGUACCUGUGCCGAAGUGGUAUCACACCACCCAAUGUGUCGCUGUGAUCGAAAGCAUUUCAACGACAUCGUCUGGGCACUUGUCACGGUUUUUCAGAUACUCACGCAGGAGGACUGGAAUGUUGUGCUAUUCAAUGGAAUGCAGAAGACAUCUCACUGGGCUGCACUCUACUUUGUCGCACUAAUGACAUUUGGCAAUUAUGUUCUGUUCAAUUUGCUCGUUGCCAUUCUGGUCGAGGGUUUUUCUUCCGAGAGAAAUGAACGACGUGAAAGGGAACAAAGGGAAAUGGCAAAGCUCGCUGCGAAGGAGUCUGGUAUUGGCAGUGACGAGGGAUCCAGCUCGAGACUGUCAGGAUCACAUUCGAUAACCGACAGUGACACCUACACCCCUCAAGAGCGGAAGAAUUCAUGGCAAAGCGUUGACGAUCUUCGAAAAUUUAAGGACAAUUACAGACGGGACAAGCACAAUCGCAUGUGGCGAAAAGCAGCUAUCGAGGAGCUCAAGUGUAACAUUCAGAAAGAGAAUAAAAUGAUGGGGGUCGCGGGUCAACCACCCAUGAUAACACAUACAGCGGCAACGCCCCAGGAUUCUCCGAAUACCACACUGGACACUGGUUACAGAGACAUUAAUUACCGUGCCAUUUAUCCGAUUAAUUUGUCAAUCGAAUCCAUUGAUCGAUCUAGUAGUCAGUGCAGCAUAACAUCAGGAUUCCUCAAGCCCCCGGACAACAACAACCACAAAUAUGCAACAAACAAUCUGGUGGGAAGCCAGACAUUGAGACGAAUGAGCCCCGGUAUAUCGACAUUCUCGAAUUCCUCACCAUCCCGUGAAUUAUCAAACACAAGUCCACCCAGGAUACGCAGAGGAUACUCCUGGCGUUUGUCUAGGCCAUCAAUCUGUCGUAAACGGUGGUCACAGAGUGAUGAAGAACCACCAGCCCAAGCCACUAUUUUGAACAAUGGUCGUAGCACCAGUGGAUCAAAUUCUGGAUUGUGCACCGGUGAAUACAUGGGCUACAACGGUGGAUACCUCCACGGUUCAAUACGCAAUGACACGCAGAGAGAUGCACCCAACAACCGUGCUACUAUGAUUGCGACCCACAAUCGUAGCCUCAGUCCUAACAAUUCUAUCAGGAGUCAUAGCUCGUCAAUAGGGCAUUGUUAUACGACUUCUCAUCAGAUGAGAUGGAUUGACGAUUUAUCUCGAAGAAAUUCACUUCGUAGCUAUGACAUUGUACAGGCUCACAAGGUUUUACCCUACGAGGAUAUUCCAUCCAGUACAACACCACGAACAAUCAAUAAUUUGACAAUUGAUACGGGUGCAUUACCGCGCAUAAAGAGAGUACAAGAUGAUACCGAGAACGACAGAUACUCAUCGCACAGUGAACAUACACCCCCAUCAAAUGGUGGUGGUAGUGCAAGCAGUGUUGAGAGAAUUAAAAAAAUAUUCAUGUUUUUCGAGCCAAAGGGUUGUAUGAAAGAACGAGACGAAUACUCAUUGUACAUAUUUUCACCAAACAAUAGAUUUCGUAUGUGGUGUACAUGGUUUGUCGAUAGAAAAUGGUUUGACAAUGUUGUACUUGCAUUUAUUGGAUUAAAUUGCAUAACACUUGCUAUGGAACGCCCUACAAUAACAUCAGACAGUCGAGAGAGGGCAUUUCUUGCCACUGCCAAUUAUGUAUUCACCGUUGUAUUUGCAAUCGAGAUGUUUGUUAAGGUGGUUGCCUCGGGGAUGCUGUACGGUCCAGAUGCCUAUUUUACCUCUGGCUGGAAUAUAAUGGACGGUUCCCUCGUUAUAAUAUCAAUCGUUGACUUGUUGAUGUCCUUAAUAUCGUCCAGCAGUCCACGUAUAUUUGGAAUACUACGUGUUUUUCGUUUACUGAGAUCACUGAGGCCUCUACGAGUUAUAAAUCGUGCACCCGGUUUGAAACUAGUGGUGCAAACGUUGUUAUCAUCCCUGAGGCCAAUUGGUAAUAUCGUUCUAAUAUGCUGCACAUUCUUCAUAAUAUUUGGUAUACUUGGUGUGCAGCUAUUCAAAGGGGCCUUUUUUUACUGCGACGGUCCUGAUAUUAAAGAUGUACACAAUAAAACAGACUGCUUGAAGGAUAAGAGAAACGUAUGGGUAAAUAGAAAGUACAAUUUUGAUGAUCUCGGUAAAGCUCUUAUGUCACUCUUCGUAUUAUCAUCGAGAGACGGUUGGGUUAAUAUUAUGUACACGGGAUUGGAUGCUGUUGGUGUUGAUCAACAACCCGAGGAGAACUACUCAGAGUGGCGUUUGUUGUAUUUCAUAGCAUUUAUUUUGCUCGUUGGUUUCUUCGUAUUGAACAUGUUUGUUGGUGUUGUUGUUGAAAAUUUUCAUCGUUGCCGUGAGGAGCAGGAGAAAGAGGAGCGAGUACGGAGAGCUGCCAAGAGAGCACUGCAGAUGGAAAAGAAGAGACGCAAAAUGCAUCAACCACCUUAUUAUCAAAACUACUCAAAGCCAAGAUUACUGGUGCACAAUGUUGUAACAUCAAAGUAUUUUGAUCUUGCAAUAGCCGCUGUUAUUGGAUUAAAUGUUGUAACAAUGGCAAUGGAAUUUUAUAUGAUGCCAAAAGCCCUGACAUAUGCGUUGAAAAUAUUUAAUUACUUCUUCACUGCUGUAUUCAUUCUUGAAUCUAUGAUGAAAGUACUCGCAUUGGGCAUUAAAUUGUACAUGAAGGACAGAUGGAAUCAGCUUGACAUUGGUAUUGUUAUACUGUCCGUUGUUGGAAUUGUACUUGAGGAGCUUGAAUCCAAGAUAAUACCGAUAAAUCCAACAAUUAUUCGUGUUAUGCGGGUCUUGCGUAUUGCAAGGGUUCUGAAACUACUAAAGAUGGCAAAGGGAAUAAGAGCUCUGUUAGACACGGUGAUGCAGGCAUUGCCGCAGGUGGGAAAUUUGGGUCUCUUAUUCUUCCUCUUGUUCUUCAUAUUUGCAGCGCUCGGGGUGGAGCUAUUUGGUCGGCUUGAAUGCAGCGAUGAACUACCGUGUCAGGGUCUCGGUGAGCAUGCGCACUUCAGUAAUUUUGGCAUGGCCUUUUUGACCCUCUUCAGGGUAGCAACCGGUGACAAUUGGAAUGGCAUUAUGAAGGACACACUACGUGAUGAUUGUGACGAUUCCACAGACUGUGUCAAGAACUGCUGUGUCAGUACAAUAAUAGCACCGAUUUUCUUCGUUAUUUUUGUUCUCAUGGCACAAUUUGUUCUUGUUAAUGUUGUGGUUGCGGUGUUGAUGAAACACCUGGAAGAGAGUCACAAGCAUCUCGAGGAUGAGCUCGACAUGGAGAUGCAGUUGGAGCGUGAAUUGGCAGCCGAACAGCAGGAGUUGCUUGAGAGGGCUGAAGCCGAGGAGGAGGAGAACGAGAGACAAGAGUUGGCUGCUGAAUUGGGAUUGGACGUUGGAGAUGAGGAUCUCCUCGAGAAACUACGACUGAAUGGCCUCGACAGAUUGCGAAAGUACGACGACUUGGCUGAUAAACGUAUUCGUGAAUUUCAUGGUGAAUACCUCAAGGAGAGAUUACGGCCAGGCCUCUCAAAAGUUCGAUCGUUACCAUCCAACUUCAUUUACAAUCCACCAACAGAGAGACAACUCCACACCGAUGAUUCGUCGAGCUCAACAACACGUAGAAGCAAUCGCCGAAGACGUAGCUCAUCGUAUCGUGGUGUGAAACAGUCGAGGAUGAAUCUCAAACGUCGUCAAACAUUCCACUCGCAGCAGCGUGGACCACUGCUGCCCAACGUGACGCACUUUGAAAUAGCCGAGAUACCGAGACCCGUGAAUAAUCUCUCGAUACCACGAAUUAUACCCCAGAGAAGUCAAUCACCCCAUGAAAGCAAAUAUAUUCGUCCCGAGAUGGAGCACGAUGUCGAGAGAGUGUCCCUGGGUCUCGAAGUGAAGACGAUAGGGAGAAGGCCAUUCGAUGAGACAUCACAGACUGCUGACACAAGUCUUAGUGUACCAUCGAAAGCCACAAAUUACUUAUUAACCGUUGUUGACAGCCCCGACAGUCUGCGUUACGGGGCGAAAAGCCGCAGGCCGGAUGUAACUAAGGAUGAACCACUUGGGAGACUCGAGCCACCCGAAGAUCUCGACGUUCACUCUGUAAUUAAUGAGAGGAGACCGUCCAAAUUCAAGAUCACGAGUGAUUACACAAAGACAUACACUGAUAAUGAUAAUGAACAGUUCUCGUCGUCUCAGGGUACUAAUAUCGAUGAGUUAUACGUAGCAACGAGUGUUAGGGAUGAUGGGGUGAAUGAUAAUUCUGCUGGUACAAGUGAUCUAGAUAUAACUGAAGUUAAUAAAGUUAUUUGCACACCCGUUAGAGAUCUAGAGGCUGAAGUUAAUAUUUAUGUUGAUGAGGAUGUUGAUGAUAGUUCAUCGGGUAGUUCUGGUGAGCAUGGUAAAAGUAUAAGUAUCAUUGUCGAUCCAAGUGCUUAUUUAGAAACAAGCACUGGUGUUGUUGAUGAAUCAUCGCAGAUUGAUGAUGUUAUUAAUGAAAUAAGAGAGAAAUUUGACGCGUGAAACAUAAUUGAAUAUCGGUGUGUACGAGUAUGACUCGUUAGUCGGUGAUAAAUCUUCCAUAGUCUGUUUAUAAAAAAAAAAAAAAACAAAAUGAAUAUGAAAAAUUAAUUUGUAUUAGAGUUUAAUGAUGAGUCAUAUAUAGGUGAUUACAUAGGUAAUAGGUAGGUAAUUGUAAAUGUUACGUGGGAGUUAUUGAAUGUGUGCUGCCUCAAGUAAACAUUUGAUUGAUGAAAUUUAUUGAACGAUUUGGAGAAAUAUAAAACAAUGGCACGAGAGAUGCGUAGUGCAUGACAAUAUAGACGUCGUUCGUGAAAUGAGAAAAACAAAAACCUCUUCGUUUGUGUAGAAUUCCUCGAUUUUUCUCGUCUCGAGUGGUGAUGGAAUUGGGAGGAUAUUCCGGGGGUGGACUAAAAUCGCGAUGUUCUGACCAAUGGUUGAGGGUGUCUUUUUUUUUCUUAUAGAAAACAAACAAAUGUAGCGGAAACUUAGUCUCAAGUGAACAACAAUACGUAGAGGACAAUCAGAAAUGGUGAGCUUGACAAAUGACGUUGAUUCCUCGUUAAUCAAGGGAUAAAGAAUUGUGAGAAGGGGAAGAAACGUUGAAACGUAAACGUUACCACACUUCUUGUACUGCGUAUUUCGAAUGCGCCCUGUGACUUGUAUGUAAUGAUCAAUAUGUUACAUUGGAAAAACUAACGUAAACUCAAAAUCAAUGGAGAAUUGUAUUAUUCUAAUACUUCCACAGUGCUCUGCCAUUAAACAAAAACCAUUGACAAUCUUCUCUCAUUAUUCACGAGCUAAAUGUCAUGUUCCUCUUUUACACAUGAUACUCGUUGAAUUUACGUAGGAAUUGCUAGAUUAAAUAACUAUUGACUUUUGUUUUUAACGGAAUAACCAAAUUUCGGGGAUGAACUUUAGGCUAUUGUCCUUUAUCGUCCAGCGAAAUGAGAAAACCAAUUGUUCCAUUGUAACCAAAUUAAGAAAAAACUAUUUUCUGCUUCUUUCGGAACAUUUAGAAACAUUUCUCAUUAAGAUCUGUGAUAUAUAUUUCAAUCAUAGAAUAUUUCCUGAAAAAAAAAAAUACCAAAACAAAUGUGGACAAAAAAAUAUGUCAAAGCGCAGCCGAAAUAACUGAAAACUGUUGGAGGAGUCAUUCAUAGUAAACUUUACAAAUAAAACUAAGAAGUUGGUGAAUUGAUGACACAAAAAAAAAUAUGAAAAUCAACGCGAGAAUAAAUAUGUUGAAAACCAAAAAAGCAAUAUAGACAACUCUACAAUUGUACAUAGAAUAUUCUAUCUACACUCGAUGUGCAGGUUUAUUUUGAUACUACAAAAGUAUAGAUAAUUAAUAUAUUGUAUUGGAGUAUGAAACUGUAUGCCUUCGCGUUCGUUGGCGAGCGUUCGCACGGUGACGGUGUCGCAGUUCUAAAGGUAAACAAAUUGCCUGGACAAUCGGGAUUAAAUUGUACUGGGGAUUGACGUUAUCUUUUUACGCCAUUCCCUGCACUUUUGCCUCUUCUAUAUGAGACUCUCAGCGCACCGUGGCCGCUUCUUCAAUGCUCUUUGCGCUUACAAGUCACAAUUCGGUGGUGGAGUGGUACAAAAUUAUAUUUUUAGACUUACUUUAUAUUUUGGGGAUUAAGGGCUGAACCCAAGAUUGGAGAAAAAUUUUACGUCUCCAGGCGUAAAAGAUAAGCCGCUGGUCGGCAUUUGUCAGACAAAACGAGCCAUUUAUUUAGGUUCUCCGGUGGUAUGUUUUGAAAAAUUCGGAAUAAUUUUACCAUUACUCAGACCUUGCGGAGAAAAUCAUAUUCGCAUUUUAACGUUGAAAUAGAAAAGAAUAGGACGGAAUUGCGCUCUACGAUUAUUAGAAUUUUUCAAUAAUUUUCCCUCAGUAUUUAUCUCUCUAUGAGGCGAAGGAAGGGAAAACCUCAAUGCCUUUGACAUUCUAUUUAAAAAUAAAUUUAUUAUUGAAAUAAUCUUUGUAACACCAUUGAGUUUUACCACUCUACCAUGAAAUUAAUUGAUUCAAUGAACACUCAAUAAUAACUUGUGAUUUUUGGGCGUGACGACAUCGCCGCGUCGAUUUAGUGUAAGUCCCUCUCCCCUUCCCCUAUUAGUCGUAACUUUCUACUUCUUCUAGAAACAAAAAAACCUGCACCCUUCGUAAACUCUGAAGAAAAAGGAAAAGAUGAAGAUCUACAUUUUCCAAAUCCCCAUUUUCCUCACGAAAAGCUAAAUAAAGUGGAAUUAGAGAGAAACCGAUAAAUGAAUAGCCUUCUCCACGACCCGAAUUCGUAUAUGAGAAGAAACGAUAUGUGUGGUACUCGUAAAAAUCAGUUUAAUUUAAUUUAAAGAAAGAAUAUGUGACGAGAGAAAACCACUGUAGAUAAUGUGCCACACCCAUGUUUUAUUUAUUACAAUGAAAACAUAUGAAAUGAGAUGCACCGGAAUGCGUAUUUGCGGGUGCAUAAAAAAAAGUCUAAUGAAUAAGUAAAUAUAUUGAUGCAAUCGAAUGUACGAUAUUGCCGGGUGAAUGUGAGAGAGAGAUCGAGAUUAAUAAAUUAUCGGGAACAGCGCCCUAGUGUAUAGCGUAUACAAUAAAAAAUAUUUAAAAAUUCUAGACGAAAUAUUGGAUCUUAAAGGGGCAAACAAUGUACGUGAGUAAUAAAUUGAGUGAUGAAAUUACCCGUUAAA